GGAGGAGGAGGAGGAGGAGGAGGAGGCGGGCAGGGAGCUCUCUGCGGGCGCAGUGCUGAUCCGCCGGCGGGCGGCCGGGAAUGCGAAGCGAUGGCCGCGGGCGGCUCGGGCAGCGGCGGCGGCGGCAGCGCGGAGGAGAAGACCUACCGCCGCUUCCUCGAGCUGUUCCUGGGCGAGUUCCGCGGGCCCUUCGGGGCAGAGCCGGAGCCCGAGCCGGAACCGGAGCCCGAGCCCGAGCCGGAGCCCGAGCCGGAGCCAGAGUCGGAGCCAGCGGCCCCCCCUCCCGCUGCCGAAGCCGCGGGCGAUGCUGACGAGGAGCCCGGGACAGAGGGAGAAGCGGGAGCGGCCGCCGAGGCGGAGGAGGGAGAAGGCGGCGAGGGGGACGCCGGCGACCCUCAGCCCCCCGCCCCGCCGCCGCCGCCCCCGCCGCUGCCCUCGCUGCCCCGGCCGCUGUCGGAGUACAUCACGGAGGAGGAGGUGGAGGGCGAGUGCCUGGACCUCUGCCUGCAGCAGCUCUACAAGUACAAUUGCCCCUCAUUCCUGGCCUCUGCUCUAGCCAGAGCGACCUCAGAUGAAGUCCUGCAGAGCGACCUCUCGGCGCAUUUCCUGCCCAAGCACGUGGACAACGCCGACGGCAUCAUCCAGAUCGAGACGGUGAAGUUGGCCCGUUUAGUUUACAGCAAACUGCACGAGAUCUGCAGCAACUGGGUGAAAGAUUUCCCCCUGCAGCCCAAGCCCCACCGCUACUACGAGACCUCCAUCCACGCCAUCAAGAACAUGCGCAGGAAGAUGGAGGACAAGCACGUCUGCAUCCCCGACUUCAACGUGCUCUUCAACCUCGAGGACCAAGAAGAACAAGCUUAUUUUGCAGUGUUUGAUGGUCAUGGGGGAGUGGAUGCUGCCAUCUAUGCCUCCAUCCACCUGCACGUGAACAUGGUCCACCAGGAGAUGUUCCAGCACGACCCGGCCGAGGCCCUGUGCCGAGCCUUCCGCGUCACCGACGAGCGCUUCGUGCAGAAGGCAGCCAGGGAGAGUCUGCGCUGUGGAACCACCGGGGUGGUGACUUUCAUCCGAGGGAAUAUGCUGCAUGUGGCUUGGCUGGGGGACUCCCAGGUCAUGCUUGUGAGGAGAGGCCAAGCUGUGGAACUGAUGAAACCCCACAAACCAGACCGAGAGGAUGAGAAGAAGAGAAUCGAGGCCCUGGGCGGCUGCGUGGUCUGGUUUGGAGCCUGGAGGGUGAACGGGAGCCUCUCUGUCUCCAGAGCUAUUGGGGACGCUGAGCACAAGCCAUACAUCUGUGGGGACGCAGACUCUGCCUCCACGGUGCUGGACGGCUCUGAAGACUACCUCAUUCUGGCCUGUGAUGGCUUCUACGACACAGUGAACCCCGAUGAGGCGGUCAAAGUGGUGGCUGACCAUCUGAAGGAGAACAAUGGUGACAGCAGCAUGGUAGCACACAAGUUGGUGGCGUCCGCGCGCGACGCCGGCUCCAGCGACAACAUCACGGUCAUUGUGGUGUUUCUCAGGGACAUGAACGCGGCGGUCGCGGUCAGCGAGGAGUCGGACUGGACAGAGAACUCUUUCCAAGGUGGGCAAGAAGACAACGGGGAAGACAAGGAGAACCAUGGAGACUGCAAACGGCCGUGGCCCCAGCACCAGUGCUCAGCACCUGCAGAUUUAGGCUAUGAAGGACGAGUGGACUCCUUCACCGACAGAACUAGCUUGAGCAUAGGGUCCAGCGUUAACCCCUUGGAGGAUCAAGGCUAUUUAGACCUGACAAAAACAGAAACUAGUACACCUCAGAGUGCCAAAUGUCUGCCACCAGUCCAAGCGUUUAGUCCUGGCAUACCAAAGAGCGCGGGGUCGAUCAGCAGCUCCCCGGUGAAGAGCGAGUCCCCGGAGCUCGGCGCAUCCUCGGGCUGCGGGCGGAGCGAUCGCAGGGAGGACAACGCCCCUCUGAGCUCGGGAGCUGCAGGGCAGGGCAUCUACAGGGUCAGGGGUUUGUCCCCCGUCUUCUUGGGGCUGGAAGAUGAACUGUUCAAAUCCUUGGGAAAGCGAGCCGCGCUCCCUCAUUUCCGGCUGUGCAGCGGGAAGAGGCGGCGAGGAGCCAGGCUCAAACCAAAGUUCCACGCUCCGCUCUGGGCCCACGAGCCCUCGCAGGGGGAAGGAGCCGGGCUGGCCCUCCCCGCCCGGGGCCGCAGGAGCAGCAGGGCCUUGGCCCGGCCCUCCCCGUGGCGGAGGCUGCCCAGCCACGGCUCCUACAGCGAGUGCUGGAUGCGAAGACAAAGUCAUUGUAUACCAGACCCACACCUCCAUCAAUGCUGUAAAAUGUAACCACCCCCUCGUGUUCCCCUGUCAGACUCCCAAAGCAGACAUUCCCAAAAUAAAACUGGCAUCAUCAGAAAGAAAAAAAAAAGAAAAAAAGGAAAAAAAAAAAAGAAAAAAAAAAGAGGUGGGCAUUUCCGAACUGUACUCCAGUCCCCUGCCAAGCUCAACCCCUGUGUAAAUAGAUCUAGGAAUUAACCAAUGUAGUUGUUUGGAUCUCUAAUAAAGUUUGGUGGUGGUGCCACCCCCAGCAACGCCGCAGCCGCCCGACCACCCGCACACACGAGUGUCCAGCCACACCCAGCAGGGAGAGCCCGGGGCACGGCCCGGGCACAGAAAGUUGCACCUGCCUGAGAAAUGUCUGUGGAGCAAGACUCAAAGAACGAUCUGGGUUAGAACUGCCAAAUUUUCUUAGAGCGGGGGGAAGUUUCCAUAGAGUCGAGGUGUGGGGGUUUUUUUGGGGUUUUUGUGUUUCUUUUCGUGUUCUGCUUUCUGUUUAUUCCAGGUGAGCGUUAAGAUGAAUUAGAAAAUUACAUCCACUUUUGCAGGUAGACGACUAAAAGCCAUACAGGGUUUACCAGGUACCUUAGGAAUGGACACACUAAGCUCCUGCUGCUCUGGUCUCAGACUCCCAUCGAGGUACAGACUCAUAAUUUACCUUUUUUUUUUUCAUGUAAUAUAAAAUGCGGAGUAUGAAGAAAACUUUUCUAUGGCUGGAGAUGCAGUGUAGGGAAUUUCGUAUCUUUCUGGUGCUUAUAUUGGCAUUUUUCUCAUUUCUCAGUUUAGGAAAUUGUUCUCAAUGAGUUGAACAUGAUUGUGCUUAAUGCUUUGAGCCAACCUCUUCCCACCUUAACUUCAUCUCAGGUCUUAAAAGAACCCAACCCGUGGAGGUGUCCAGUCCCACCCUCUGUCCCAGCGGAGAUCAGGAGCUGUUGGAUGAGCUGUGAGGUUCUGGUGAGGAUUCCCGGGUGCCAGAGCAGCAUUUCCCACCCGGGGGCAGCAGGAGGGGCACAGCAGAGGGGAUGGAAAUGCCCCGAGGGGAUGGAAAUGCCCAGACGGGAUGGAAAUGCCCAGAGGGGAUGGAAAUGCCCCGAGGGGAUGGAAAUCCCCAAAGGGGAUGGAAAUGCCCCGAGGGGAUGGAAAUGCCCAGAGGGGAUGGAAAUGCCGAGGAUGCGGCAGAGCAGGGGCUGCGCUGGGCUCAGCGGAGAGGAUGGAAUUCAGUGCCCGGGCAGGGCUCUGUUCCUCUCCCCCGGGUCCAGCAGGGCCAGGGAGGAGCUCUGCAGCCCCUCCCUGCCUCAGCAGCGGCUCCAGCCCCUCCCCGCUCCCGAGGUGAGGUCACCCCUUAGGGGAGCCGCUAAUUGGGACGUAAAUAAGCGGCGAUUCCCAUCAGCUCCACUAAGUCCAGACCCCGUUCCUACCCCUUGUUCCAGGGAUGCACUGGGAGGAGUAUGAAUACAGUAAAUCUUCAUAGGCACCUAGUGAACAAUUCAUAUCAUUUCAGCAGUAACAAUAGCAGUAUUAGUGUUUAGCUAGAAUUUGCAAAGUAUUUUAAUAUUAAGUAGUCAAGAAAAUUAUUCAACACGACAAGAUGGCGAGGCUUGAAUUCUGCCAAUUUCUGCUGCUUCUCUCUUUGAUGCACUAUUUUAAAAGCAAUCUGAUGAACAGCAAAAGGCUUUGUGAGCAACCAGGAGUUGGAGUGUGGCUUUAGAUUCCUUUGAUCUUUUUCAGACUUUGUUUUAAUCUUACGGGAUCAUUGGCUCUUAUCUGCCAUCUUCUUCUGCCUUAGCUGUUGUCAAUGUUCUCUUUAGCUGCAGCUUCUGUUCCAAGUCAGAUUUACCGAGGAAAUUUGAGGAACCAUGAAAUGGUAAAAUAUGCAACUCUGGGGCAUCUCUGCGGUGCCUUUGUUUUAAAUUAUUCACAGUAAUAAUGACUCACUGAAAGUCCAUCUUUAGCUGACUGUCGUGUUCCGGAGAGAAAGGUGGUGUAAGUGCAAUUCUUGAUGUGAGUAAAUUAGAAUGCAAACCCGUCACGGAUGACAAAACUUCUUCCCAGUCUGCAGGAGCAGUUGAAGAGCACUGGACUGCAUGUGUGCUGUUUUGGGAAGGAUCUAGCAUUUUUAGGUGUGGAUUCAUAAAUGGUAAUUCUGCGACUCAUCCCAUUUAUCUUGCUAGGAGAAAAAAAAAAAAAUCCACCAUUGUAGUUGCAGUGUGGUCAGGUAAAACCAUUGUAUAGAUAGAGCAAGUGUUCAUUUCUUCACUAACUGCAUAUUUAUAGAGUAGAUAGGAACCAUUUGUAAGGUAAGUCCUUUAAAGUUCUAUAAUAUUAAAAGUAGUGGUUAUUGGUCUGAUUAUGCUGCUCUUGAUUCUACACACUAGACAAAAAGCAGUGCUUGUGAAAUGCAGUGUUUUCUCUUAAUGCCACUGGUGAUAGGAAGUAGCUCCUUCAGUUCAAACUCCUGUGCCCUUAUCUGCUGCUUGCUGACGUAAGCAAUAAUCCCUCUCUAACAGUAUCUAAAUGUUCUGUAUCUCGUACCUUGAUCGUCUAUCUGGUGACAGUGUAAAAUAUUAGGCUAAUAGAGAACUAUCUCAUUGUAUUUAUUAACUGUUGAUACUGAGAUUCAGUCUGUGACCUGUGUUUUGUAUUUUUAUCGUGUAUCUUAGUGGUGGUGAAAAUUUGUACAACGAAUCUUUCCAAUAAAGAGCUGAAGUAUC